AUGACAGUGGAACCGGAACCAAAAAGACAAAAAUGUGUGAAAUAUACAUAUCCUGAUCAAAAGCGUACUAUUUCCAUUUAUAGUAUUGCCAGUAAACAUCCAUUAAAUGUUAAACCUAGUGGGAAUUCACUUCUUCUGGGAUCAGAUAUUAAUUUACUUGAACAAAAACAAAAUUCAUUAGGUAAAUUAAGUAUACUUCCUGAUGAAAUUAUCAUGGAUAUAAUACAAAGAAUCACUGAUGUUGAUACACUUUUAAACUUAUCUCAUGUUUCAAGAAUUUUUUAUGCAUUUUUAUAUGAUGAAGAAAUAUGGAAAAAAAUAUAUAUGAAUAAAAUUGAAUAUUAUGAUUCUUUAGCAUGGUUAGGAUCAUGGAGAAAUACUGUGUUGAAUAUUCAAAAAGAUGAUAAUAUUAUUCAAUUACCUGAAAAUUUAUUAUGUUCUGAUAUUCUUUAUCGUCCUUUUCAAUGUUCACAAAUUGAUUAUCAAAAACUUUUUAAUAAAAUUAUUAAAGAAGAAGAAAUCUAUCAUCGUGAUGCAUUACUUGGACAAUUAGGUAAAUUACCUCAUGGAAGAAUUCAAAGAAUAAAAGAAUCAGAAAUUGAUUUAAAUGAAUUCAAUACAAAUUAUCAUGAUAUUCCAUUUAUUUUAGUUAAUGAAGAUAAUAAACGUUGGCCAAAUUGGGAUUUUGAAACUUUAGUUAAUCGAUUCCCAGAUAUAACUUUUACUCAAGAAUCAGUAAGAUGGAAAUUAUCUAAAUAUGCACAAUAUCUUCAUAACAAUAAAGAUGAAUCGCCACUUUAUUUAUUUGAUUGUAAAAGUGAUGCAAUGAAAAUUCUACGAAAUGAAUAUAAAGUACCUGAAAUUUUUCAACAAGAUUUAUUUAAUGUUUUUAAUAAUAUUGAAAAUGGUUUUAAUUGUCGUCCAGAUCAUGCUUGGAUAAUUAUAGGAUCUUCACGUUCUGGAUCUACUUUUCAUAAAGAUCCAAAUUCAACAUCGGCAUGGAAUGCAGCUAUAGUUGGACGUAAAAUUUGGAUAAUGUUACCACCUCAUAUAACACCACCAGGUGUUGGAACUGAUGAAGAAGAAAGUGAAGUUACUUCACCUGUUAGUGUUGCAGAAUGGGUACUUUCUGGAUUUUUCAAUGAUUCAACUAAAAUUGAAGAAUGUUUAAUUGGUAUUACUUUCCCUGGUGAAUGUAUGCAUGUUCCAAGUGGUUGGUGGCAUACAGUUAUUAAUAUUGAUGAUUCAAUUGCAAUAACUCAAAAUUUUGUACCUACUUCUAAAUUACCACAAGUGUUGAAUUUCUUAAAAAAUAAAUCAAAUCAAAUUAGUGGAUUUAGAUUAAAAGAAAUUAAACAAUGUUUAGAUGCUAUUGUAAAAGAUUCAGAUGAUGUUGUUUUAAAAGAUUUUUUACAUUCUUUUAAUCAACUUAAAAAUGAUGAUUUGGAUGAAGAUUGUGGAGAGGUUGCAAAUUUACCAAGAACACCUAUUUUUGAAAUAUUCAAACAAUUGUUGAUUAAUAAUAAUGAACGUGAAUUGUUAUCUACAGCUUUAGAGAAACUUGAUAAGAUAGAAUUGAAGACAUUUGAACAAGAGACAGGUAAAAGUAAGGCAUGGUGUUCAUUAACUGAAGAGACAUCAACCACAGGAAAUGGAUCUAGCAGUGGAUUUACAUUCGCAUUUGAUGAAAGUGAUGACGAAUAG